CGGGCCCCACCUUAAAAGCAGUCGGAGGAGCAGGUCAGCCAUCGCAGCCACGCCAAUCCAUUCCACUGCCCUUCUCCCGACCACCCCGACCCGCCGGCGAGGAGACAACUCACAGCUCCUGCGUGCUCGUUGAACAGCCGGACGUUGACCAAAUUGCAGUGCGUGUGAGCCAGAGAGAAGCUCACCGCGAGGAGACAAGGACACCUAUUCCACAUCCGCCAACCCCCAUUCCACGACCCAUUCGAACCUCGCAGACUGCUCUCGACGUGUGCAAUGGCUCAGAUCAGAGGCACUGCCGGAUACCAUCUCGGCAACAACAGUGGCAUGAUGAACAACAACUUUGGCGGCGGGCCCUCCUCGUCCUCGGCCACGAACGACCCCUCGCCGCUUGAUGCUAUCCGCGAGCAAACGAGCAAGAUCGAGGACCUCCUAGACACAUACUCUGACCCGAUCAAGCCGUACUUGCCGGCCAUUGGACGGUUUCUGAUCGUCGUUACCUUCUUGGAAGAUGCCUUGAGAAUCAUGACACAGUGGAGCGAUCAAUUGGAAUACUUGCACACAUAUCGCUACAUGCCCACUGGUAUCAACCACUUGUUUCUGCUCGUUAACGUAGUCGCCAUGACCGCAUCGUCAAUUCUCAUCAUCGCCCGCAAGUACUCGGAAUACGCAGUAGGCGGACUCAUUGGUGUUGUGAUCACGCAAGCCCUCGGAUACGGCCUCAUAUUUGACCUCAACUUCUUCCUCCGCAAUCUCUCUGUCAUGGGUGGUCUCAUCAUGGUCCUUUCCGACAGCUGGGUUAGGAAGCGAUUUGCUCCAGCGGGCUUGCCUACACUUGACGAGAAGGACAGGAAGAUGUAUUUCCAGCUGGCUGGCCGAGUGUUGCUCAUCUUCUUGUUCAUUGGCUUUGUCUUCGCCGGCGAAUGGAGCUUUGGACGCGUUGUCGUGAUUGUCAUUGGUCUUGUGGCCUGCGUCAUGGUCGUGGUGGGAUUCAAGGCCAAGUGGAGCGCCAUUGUGCUCGUCAUGAUUCUGAGCGUCUUCAACAUCCUGGUCAACAACUUUUGGACUCUUCACCCACACCACCCGCACAAGGACUUUGCCAAAUACGAUUUCUUCCAAAUUCUGUCCAUCGUGGGUGGGUUGCUGCUCUUGGUCAAUAUGGGUCCCGGGCAGGUCAGCUUCGACGAGAAGAAGAAGGUGUACUAGGUAUAUUGCUGCGGGAAAAGAGCGCAGGAUGCGUGAAAGAAGGAAGGGUUCCGGGCGUGCCAUAUUCACACGGGACAGCAUUGGCGGCGUUGAAUUUGGGUAGCGAGAAAAAGCAAGGCCAUGGAUCUCGCGCGGGAAGCACAGCAGCAGUAGAUGAAUCGAAACGUGUUGCAAUGCAGUCUGCUCCAAUACGAGUUUCGCGACAGCGUGCUCCAUCAAUUUGCCAAAUCCGAAGGGACAAUUUUGCUUUCACUACUACGUCUACGCGUUGCUACAGAUUUUCUCGC